ACUUGUUUACUUCUCCCUUGUAGAUUUUUUUUUUAUACCCUCUCUGAAUGCUGCAUGAAUCUCCUUCCCUCCAGCCACUCCCACUUCUCUGUUUCACAGCUCCCUCCCUUGCUGGCAUUUAUUUCAAGAAUCUGAUUCAGAGGGACUGGUAUGGCAUCCGGAACCAUGACCGUUCACAGUGGGUGGGCGGAGCCGGUGUGGCAUGGGGAGAUGUUGAGGGAGUGAAGCACUAUAUAAGCUUGAGCUGGUUUAUCCCUGUCAGUGGCACACUGAGAAACAGCAGAGAUACAAAGAGACAGCACAAACCGUACUGCAGUAAACAGGAGACGGAGGCAGUGAGUGGCACAAACAAAGUCUGAAGACGUCUUUUCGCCACUGUUAUCACCUGGACAUUGUCAUCUUGAGCUGAAUAUAAAAAUUUCAGCUUUGCCAUCAAAAAUUGAUAAGAGGAAGUUCUUUUAAGCCAAGAAGACAGAGAAAACUAGUUUAAACCUUUUGUACAAAGAGAUCUGGAGAAUCACAAGGCUCUCUUAUCACAAACAUCUCCGAAGACAAACAUCCUGCCCUUGCCAUCCAGAUCAAUGGCUGCACGUCCAAUGGAGACAGUGGGCUUCCCGGUUCUACCUGCACACAUCCUGGCAUCGGCUAUGGAGGAGUUUCCCCAGCAGCUGCCUGUGCCCAAGUGUCUGGCCAGGGGCCGAAACCGUACCCGGCGGCCCCGAGAUGCCAGGUUCAAGACCCAACCGGUGACUUUUGCAGAGAUUGCAGAAGUGGAGGAGGAAGGGGCUUCACCUAUGGAGGAAGAAAGGGCAAGACGGUCCUUCCUGCAGUCGCUGGAGAGUCUAAGGAGAAGCACACAGACAUUGCACCAAGCGGGAUCCACACAGAGCUGCCGUACCACGUCCACACAGGCUAGUCUGGACUCCAGUGACUCUGACUCGGCACAGUGAAAGAUGAGAGGAGGAGGGGGGACAAACUGACAGAGAGUGAGAAUUUACAUACGGAGGAAGGAAAGUCUAAUGGCUGAAGAGACUGGAAUCCAGUGUGUUCUUCAUAUAUCUUCCUUGAAAAAUUCCUGAUUUAUUUUUUAAAGAGAUAUUUCACCUUCAAAUGAAAAUUUUGUCAUCAUUUAGUUACACAUUUACUCAGAGGUUGUUUCAAACCUGUAUGACUGUUUCAAAGAACACAAAAGGAGAUGUUUGGUAGAAUGUUAGGGACUGACAGACUCAGUCACCAUUCACUUUUAUUGCAUCUUUAUUGAGACUGACUGAGGCAAAUAUUCUUCCACACAUCUCCUUUGUGUACCCCAGAAGAGAGAAACUAAUAUGGGUUUGGAACAAUAUUAGGGUGAGGAUAUAAUGCCAGAAGUAUCAUGAUUGGAUGGAUUAUCUCUUAACUACUUUAACUAUUACUAUAACUAGUAAUGUUAUGCAUAUAAAUGCUUUUUAAAUGUGCAAAUUCCAGUGACACUGCAGCGUUUGUUUAAAGGCAAAGCUUUAGUAUGUUGGAAGAUUUCAGAAACCACUUAAUUUCCACGCAAAUUCCAUGUUUUUUUAUCACAUGAGGCUUGAGGACCUGAUGUGAAGUUACAUAAUGAACUUGUUAGACGGAUGAGGAAAUAUGUGCUAUUCCAUUGAGGUUGUUUAUAUCCUUUGUGCCUGAUUGUACAGUCAAAUGGGUUCUCCACUGCUGAGCAGGAUGUAGACCGUCAUAUUUUGUUAUAAUUGAUUUUUGAGCUGUUAAACAAACUGAAAGAGGCACAACAAGGGUACUGACAGAACAUGUAUUGUAUUAUUACAGAAGAUAAUCAGCAUUCAGGCAAUGGUGAACAUACUAAUGAACUCGAUGAGGGGCAAAUUAAAUAAAUGUGUUUUAUAUUUAUUUUGUUAUAACAUAGUUCAAUUAGACAUUUGUUCUGUUGAUACUGUGGACUUGAUAGUGAAGUCACUGUCACUAUAAAAGCCUUUCUAUUUCAAUUUGACGUUUAUUAUCUUUUAUUAUUUUUUUUUUCAUACUUUCUUUAAUAUAUAAAUCAACUUUAUAGCAUUGCAUUUGUCCUUUAAUUUGUUCCGUGACAAAUGUAUUGUUUUGUUCAGAGGGUUAGGGAUCAGAAAACCAGUUUACCAUUUAUUAUAUAAUGUGAAAUGAUACAAAAUUAAUACAACGAUCAAAAGAGAGAACUGUGUAUGACUUUAAAAUGAAAUUGUAAAGUCACUAUCAAUGUAUUAAACCAAAAGAAAAUGAUCUUUUAUACUUCGAUUUGACUUUUAAUAUCUUUGUUAAUUUGUUUCAUUCCUUAUUUAUUGUACAAAUAAACUUUAUAGCUUGCAUUUGUCCCUUAAUUUGCUCUUAAUUUGACAUAAAUUUAUUGUGUUGUUUAGAUAGUGUGGGGUUUACUGAAAACCAGUUUAUUGAAAUGUUUAUUAAAUAAUGCAAAAUAAUAAUUGACUAAAGAGAGUUGUGUUGUGACUUUAAAAUGAAAUUGUAAAGUCACUAUCACUGUUUUUAAACUAAUUAAAGAAAAUGAGCCUUUAUACUUUGAAAAGAGCUUUGUUUCAUUCUUUAAUAAACUUUAUAGUGUUGCGUUUGUCCUUUAUAUUGUUCCUUGGCAUAAAUGUCUAGUUGCUUAUACAGUGAGCGGUCAGCAAACCAGUUUACUGAACAUUUAUGAAAUAAUGCGAAAUUAUACAAAAAUAAUUGUUAAAAGAGAUUUUUUACAUUAAAAUUGAAUUUUGAGGUCACUAAACCUAAUUAUGGAAUAUUAGCCUUUAAACUUUGAUUUGACUCAUUUGUUUCAUGCUUUCUUAAAUAUACAAAUAAACUUAAUAGCUUUGCAUUUGUCCUUUAAUUUUUUUCUUUGACAUACAUUUGUUGUGUUGUUUAGACAGUGACCAGUUUACUGAAAUGUUUAUGAUAUAAUAUAAAAUUUUACAAUAAAUAAUUGUUAAAAA